CAAUUAUUUUGGUUGUGCCAAUAUGGAGGAAUAAAUUUUAUCAGGCGUAAUUUUCAUCAUAUUUUUAAUAAAUAAUAGUAUAUUGUGUAUAUAUUCGGCUAUAUUAGGUAUCAAAGAAAACAAAAUGUCUCGAUCUAUUCGUGCAGAGACUCGUAGCAGAGCGAAAGAUGAUAUUAAAAAAGUUAUGAAUGUUAUAGAUCGUGUCCGACAUUGGGAGAAGAAAUGGGUAACAAUUGGAGAUACUACAAUGAAAAUAUAUAAAUGGGUGCCAGUGACAGAACCCAAAAAAUCCAUGAAACACAGGGAAAAUAAGGAGAAUAUGAGGAAAAGUACUGUUUUGGAUACCUCCAAUUCAAAUUCAAAUUUUAGUUUAGCCGAAGAUUCCAACACUUGUUUUUCAACUGUGAGUGAUUCCCAGGGGCCUACAGACUUCUCUUCGUCUCACAUGACAUUUUCAGAAGAUUCUAAUUCGCAGGGUAGUGAGAUGGUUUCAGUAAAGAGAAUGAAAACUGACCGAGACUGAAUUUUAUAAAUUUCUCCUUUGUGGAGAUUGUAUUUAAAUUGUUUUUAUAUAAGGAUGUACAUCAAAUACUGUAAAAAUUACUGAGAAAUCUGGGAAAUAUUGCAGUGGUAUAACUACAGCAAGAGGUUUCAAAUGAGAUACACUUUGUUGUAUAUUGCAUCAGUACUGACUUCAGAUUUGUUUAAACUUAUAUUUUGAUUAAAUCAACAAAACUAAUCCUAAAGUAAUAAAAUUCCUUUAUUAUUUUUAAAAACAUUUAAAAAUACAAAAAACUUAAUAUGAAGCUUCUUUUAUUUUCUGUUAUAUUUCAUUUUAUUUAUCAUACAUGUUUUUUGUAUAAUGCAAUCUUUGUUUAUAUUAUUAAUAUCUUUUUAUAUUUCAUACGGUUAUACAAAUAAGUCUUGCAUUGGCUAAACAGCGCUUGACAAUAGACAGUUUGCUGCCUGUGCACACAUGUUACCUAGAAAAUGAACCAGUCUUACAAAAUCCAUUGUCAUUUCACUUUUUCCCAUUUAGGUCUUCAUCUAGAGUAGCGGUUCUCAAGCUUGUCUAUAGCUUGUCUGUGAAUAAUGCAGUGAGAACCAAUUAUCCUAGGGUUCUUUUUUUUUGGCAAUUCCAUAAAUCCGGAUUGACAUUCUGUCAUGGCUUGGGCCCCAUCAGUACAUAUGCCAAUUACUUUCUCCCAUGGAAGUUCAUUGAUUACUAAAAAAUCUUCAAGAGCAGAAAAUAUGUCAAACUAUCAAAAGUGCUAUUUUGUAUGAUGCUUCCAUAGCUUUCUCAUUUUCAACACGAAAAUUUGCAGUAGAGUCAAGUUUCAUACAUUUUAGGCUGCUUUUUUUGGCAAUAAAAAAUUCUGGGCCUUUACCUUUCAAAGAAGAAUGGUUUGUAAUUAGAUGCGAUACUAAGAACAGCAUGGAAUUUGACACACUGAGGUAAAUGACUGCCGUUUUUCUCCAUAAAGGUAAAAUCAUACUUGAUAUAAUUGUCUGAAUACAAUCUUUCCUUUGGAAGUGACUUAGCCAUUUUCAAAGCUGUUACACAACACUAUUAAAUAAUUCACAAACAAUCAAUCUGUUAUUAAAUAACAAUUACACUGAUUGCUACAAACAGCACACAGACGCUGUCGACUGAGACUGACAUGUGAGACGGAUUCAUUGGACUGAAGCCAGGAGUGCUUGCAAUACAGUGUUGGUAAAUAUACUUUGCACUCCUACGAUAUUGCCAUGCACAAGACUGUCAUGUUUAACUUAGGUGGUGUGUUUGAGUAAAACGAUUUUAAUCAUGUUUAAGUAAAGAAAUAUUUCUAAAUGAAAUACAAAAUAUUUUGUUUUUUAACAAAAUAUAUAUAUUUUUUUUCUUUGUACCCUCACGCCUCCCCUGAAAUUUUCUGACGCCCUCCCAGGAGGGCGCGCCCACCGGGUUGAGAACCACUUAUUUAGAGGACCUUUAAGGAUUAAUAAGAUUUGUUAGGAAACUUUUUCGUAAAAAAAACAAAACAGGUACAUAAUUUUUUAUUUAGAAUUAUUUAUUAUUUAGAAUAGCUUUGUUACAUUCUCUAUGUUUCUAACAUUUUCUGACAAAUCUUCUUAAUGGAUGUUUAAGAUGAAGACUGAAAUGAGAAAAAGUGAAAUGACAAUGGAUUUUGUAAGAUCGUUUCAUUUUCUAGGUAACACGUGUAUACAGGCAGCACAUUGUCUAUUGUCAAGCACUGUUUAGCUGAUGCAAGCUUAAUUUUUCAAAAUAUUUAAGUAUAUUUUUUAGCUUUGUGUAUUAAUUACAAAUCUCUAAGUCUACUGAUUCUGUAUACAAAAAAGAUAUCCAAAAAUUUGAUUUAUAUCCUUUAAAAACUGACUCAUUUGGAUCACCUACUAUGUUGGUGAAUAUUGCUGUAUACUUAAUUUAGGAUUAAACUACUUAGUUUUGUAUUAUUUGUGUACAUAGUCUUAGGAUUUUCAUUGAAAUUAAUCAUAUGUAUCUAAUAAAAAU